UCCUCUUCCUCUCUUCCGUCCGUCGAUCAUUUUGCUAUUUUUUUUCCUCGCGAACCUUUUUCUUUGGUGCAGCCUCCUCCAUUUUCUUCUUCGUGUGUGUGAUCGAUGCGCUCUCAUCCAUGGCUUUGAUCGAGUUCGUCAACAGUGUGCUUUGUUUCUAUUUGGCGUUCUGGAGCUCUGGUUUCGUUUUGUAGUCGAAGUUCUUAAAGUGGAUGAUAAAUUUGAUGAAGGACGGGGAGGCCUGUUGAAAAGAGGCUUUUUGCCCCAAGAGAAGAUGCUAAUUUGAACCUAAGAGGAUGGAUGAACUCCGUUCUGAUGACGUCAUUAACGAGUUGGAGGUUUUGCGGGGGCGAAAACAUUCAUCAGCAUAUGCUAUAACUAUGAACAUUAUGAAACAAGACAAUGAUGCUUCAUUGAGAGAAUUCAUGAAGAUGUCACUUGAAGGAAUUUCCUGGGCUGAAAAUAUAUGCCAAAGAGUUGAAGAUAUCUGCACAGAGAAUAAUAUGGUUCAGAACCCUGAAAAAUAUGUCAAUGCGGUAGGUGAACACUUCAAAAAGGUUAUUCAUACUGUUGUAGAUAACUUGUGCGACCAUGCUGAUGAUGUUAUAGAACUGUUUUCUGAAUUAACUUCGGGGCAUGCUUCCUUGGUUAAGAAAUCUGGAAAAAUGGGUGAAGCAGGUGAUUUUUUAAAUGAAAAGCCCUUUGCUUAUAUUUGCGAAAAAGAAGCUGCAUUCAUGGAAACUUCAUCUUUGGAACAUGAUUCGGUGCCUAAAGUAGUGGGAAAUUUAGGGCCAGGAUCUAAAAAGAGUAUCUCUGACGGGAGUGUUUUUACUAGUGGUAAGCUGGAUAAAGAUUUUUCUUCCACAGUGGAUUCACUUUUAGAGCAUGGAGAUGGUACAGUGAUACAUGAAACAUCAAGGAUAGAGAUUGAUGAGAGCGAUUCCCUUGAAACAUGCGCUGCUGUUGGGUUUGAACAAGAAGCAACGUCUGUUGAAGAUCUUAGUCAAGUUAAAUUACCAAGUGAGCCACAGUUUCUGAAUAAAAAGGAGGAUUCUGAUGUCAUGCUUUCAGAAACUGAUAUAUUUGCAGCUGAAGGAUUGAAUUGCUCAACAGGGAAUUUCUGCAAUUUGAUUCCAUGCGAUGUUAAUUUGACAUCAUCUCCAUCUCUUACAGAAGCCAAUUCAUCCAUUUCCUGUAAAAUAAAUGCUACUAGCGAGCCAUCUCCAUCCUAUUCUCUUUGUAGUUUGGAUUUAGAACCUCAGGAAGCAUCAUGCCUAUCGGAAUGUAAUGGAAGCAAACUUACAUCGGGGAAUGGACAUAGAGGGAGAGAAAUCUCUUCGACACACGAAAAUUUAAACAUAUGUAGCAGGGAAGAGUUUUGCAAUUCGUCUAUUUUUAGUCUGAAGGAUGAAGACUUGAACGAAUUUGAGGAUGUAAAACUCGAAGAUGAUUUUGAAGCUGUAAAAGCUGAGAAUGACUGGGAUGACAUGUUAAAGGCUGAAAUUGCCUUGAUUUCAUCUCUGGCAGCAAAAAAAGAGUCAUCCAAGAAAAAACUGAAGAAAAUGCUUACUUCCAGAUGGAGACCAUCUAGGGGUAGUAAGCUGGUGACUUUCCAGACUGAUCUGCAUUCAAAGACAUCCUUAGACUCUGAUUGGGAACUAUUGUAAAACAACUGAUAUAAUGUUUACUAAUAAUUUGCACUGAAGCCUGGUAAGCUUUUCAAGUCUGUAUUUGAAUGUAUGGAGUAGCAGGAUGAACUUAAUAUAUAAGCUUGCGCCUAUUCAUGGCCAAGGCUCAGAAGUUGUUCACUUCACUCUGGUAAUCCGGUAACCUCUAUGCCCUCCUAUCCUGGUUUAUCUUCUUUUACAUGUAAAGAGGCAUGAAUUUAAUGUUAUAAAAAAAGAAGAAUGUAAUUUAUUCUUGCUGAUGUAAAACUUAAAUCAGCAUAAAAUCAGCAUAUUUUAAUGAUUUGCAUUGAACCA